UUCUCAUGGAAUUUUAGUACGAAUUGCAACGUAAGUGCAUUUUUGUUGUUUCCCUGCAAAAUUGUGAUAAAAAUUGAUAAAAUAUCGCUUAUUUUUGUUGAAAUACAAUAAAAAACUUCCUCUGUAUGUUUGACUGUGAUUAAGUAGUAAGAAUUGUAUGAUAAUUCGCGGGAAAAGUGAUUUUAAUUGAAAAUUGAAAUCAGGGGAUUCACCGAAUUGCAAAUUUUCCAACAUCCAAUCAUAAUCAGCCACGAAAUCAUAACAAAAGGAAAUGCAAGAAACCCUCGUAUGUUGUGAAAUUCCGAAGAAAGUUCUCAGUUGGCUGUGAAGUGCCGAAGAAGAAGGGAAAGAAAAUUUUCUUGAUUAUUCAACAAUAAACAGAUUUAGAGAAAAAAAAAACAUGGAGAUCGUCCCAGAGAUGAAGGUUCUUAAGCCUCGUCCAUAUCAGGAUCAUCUAAUAAAGACAUGCAUGGAGAAGAAUACAAUUGUUUACCUGCCAACGGGUGCAGGGAAGACUUUCAUCCCCCUGAUGGUAUUUAAGAAUCAUUCAGCUGAUUUUGCAUACUCCCUUGAGGAUGGUGGGAAGCGCAGUAUCUUCCUGGCAAGCACAAAAGUCCUUGCAAAGCAGCAGAAGGAAUACUUUGAGAUGCACACCCCAUUCAAGGUGACUGUCUUCACGGGAGACAUGCAGGUGGACAAUUGGGGGAAGCAGAAGUGGCACAAGGAGUUCCAGGAUAAUCACAUAAUCGUCGCCACAUACCAAAUUGUCCUCGAUGUCAUCAGGCAUUCGUAUCUAGCCCUCAAGAAUAUCAAUGUCAUUGUCUACGAUGAAUGCCACAAUGCCCAGGGAGAGCAUCCCAUUUGUCAGCUAAUGCACAGAUUUAUCGAUAUAGACGUGGUGGAUCAGCCACGAAUUAUCGGUCUAACAGGAAUGCUCCUCACGACGGAUCGCUACCAAACAAUUGAACAAGAUUUGGCGAAUUUUGAGAAGAAGCUCCGCUGCACCGUUGCCACAGUGGCUACCAUUCAGGACUUUCAGAAUGUUUUGGUGUACUCAACGAAUCCCCAGGAGAUGAUUUUGUCGUACAAUACCAAUAUGCUACACCCAAAAUUGGCAAAAAUCAUGCAAAUUGUCGAAAAGGUCAUCAAAGAGAUUGAGGGGUUUGAUGUGGGGGCAGAAGUAAAAACCCUCAGUGAUACAAAUGAUGAUAAGCAGGGGAUGAAGAAGAAAUUGAUUAACCUAUGGAAGAAUUUUGUCUAUCAAGCCGAGGAUUUUGGGCUCUAUGGUGCCUCUCUGGCCAUUCUAGGGCUCAUUGUGGAGUUGGAUCUCAAGAAGAGAGCUGCUGCUACACGCCAGAGACGGCUUCUCCUUCGCAGUUCCAUCGCACAUGCGGAAAUGAUACGUCACCUCAUUGUGUCAUACCUGGGUGAUCCAGAAGGGAAGCCCUUACAUGAGAUUAUCCUGCAAAAUUGUACGGAUAAAUUGAAGACCUUCAUUCAGGGUUUAGAGACAAUUUUCAAGUUAUUUGCUGGCCAAAAGAUUAAUGCUUUGGUAUUUGUGGAGCAACGAUUUACGGCAAAGGUGUUGUAUCACAUCCUGAGGAAUUAUGGGGAAUCCAAUGAGGUUUUCCCGGUACGUCCGGACUUUAUGGUUGGCGAUGAAUCAUUCACAUCACCGGAAUUGGAGGUUUUGCUGCAGAUUAAGUGGAAUCGGCAGGUUCUCGAUAAAUUCCGCCGGAAUGAGGUGAAUUUGAUUGUAUCCACGUCGGUGCUGGAGGAGGGUGUUGACCUACAAAUGUGCAAUAUUGUCGUGAAUUACGAUACUCCGCGUAAUUUCCGUUCAUACGUCCAACGCAAGGGGCGUGCACGAUCGCGGGAGAGUAUCUUCCUCCUCAUGACUGAGACCACCGAAAGGUCAAAGCUCUUGAAGAAAGUUGAAUUGUACAAGAUGACAGAUGAGAAGCUCAAGGAAAUCCUCAUUGGGAAGUGUGUAGAUCGCGAAAUCCCAUCCGCGGAGGAGAUUGAUGAUGAAUUGCGCAAAGAACAGAGGAAGUUUGUAACACAGAAGGGAGCUGUACUUGAGGAAACAUCCGCUAUUGCUUUGCUCAAUCGCUACUUGAGCUCCCUCCCGGGUGAUUCAUUCACUGUAACAACUGUGGAGGCUUACCUGGAGCAGAUAAACUCCAUGUUUCGCUUUUCCUUCCAAAUGCCCAUCCAGUCGCCCCUUAAGGGACGCAUCUAUGGGGAUAUUUUGCCAAAUAAGAAACUCGCAAAGCGUUCAGCGGCAUUUAACACGUGCGUUGAGCUAUACCACAAAGGGGAGCUCAGUGAGAAUCUUCUACCGUUCAACAAGGAGAUGAAUCUGCUGAAAGUGGAGGAUGUGUACUUCAGUCACUGGAAGAAAUACAAAAGCAAUGCAACAAAGAUUGAUGGUACAAAGAAGAAGAAGCGCUACCACACGGUGAAGUAUCCAAAGCAAUUGUUGGCUUGUCAACCAAAGGCUGGGACCAAGUGCUUCCUCUACAUCAUUCAUACGGCAUCAGAGCUCAAUGAAGUCGAUGACAAUGUCAAAAUUUUCAAUAAGUUCUUUGCCGAAAGUCAAAGUUAUGGCUUUCUCACCACAAAGAAGCUUCCAAAACUCGCAGCUAUGCGUUUCUUCAUUACUGACGGAGUAAUUCAGGUGAAAAUUGAUGAUCACCCUGUUGAAGUGAAAUUGAGCGAAGAAGAAUUGAUUAUUCUGCAGAAAUUCCAUCUUGUGGUCUUUCGGGAUAUUUUGCGAGUUGUCAAGAAUUUCCAGACAUUUGACUUUACGAAUGUGAAGAAUUCCCUGCUUGUGGUACCAACGGUGGCAAGGCGGAUUGACAUGGAGUUUGCAAUGAAAUGCCAGGAAUUGCAACCUGUGAAGCCCCUCACAGAGAUGGAGAGACUGUCAAUGAGGAUUAAGCCCGAAGAUUACUUGUAUCAAGUUGUAAGCCCCUGGUAUCGUUGUGAUUCCUCACAGAGGUAUGCUGUUACGAAGGUUCUCAGUGAAUACACACCCAACAGCCUAUUCCCAAAUCAGGAGCAAGCAACCACGUAUGCUAAUUACUAUAUACAGAAAUAUGGCAGCGAAAUUGGGCACAUUGUCAAGAUGAAUCAAUUCUUGGUGGAGGUGAAGGGAAUUACGAAGAAUUUGAAUUUGAUUAAUCCCGGAAUGAGUGACAAGGGGAGUAAGAAGCAAGCCGGAAGAUUUCGCAGUGAGAUUCUCGUUCCGGAACUUUGUCACAAUUACAACUUUCCUGCUGCAAUGUGGCUAAAAGCUGCCAUUUUGCCAAAUACCCUCCAUCGUCUGCACUUUAUGCUACACGCUGAGAAUCUACGAAGGGAAAUUGAUGAUUACAUCAACGUACCCAGUUCCACAAAGCUCGACACCCUCAUUGUGGAUGAGCGCAAAUUUCACAUUGUAGAAGAAGUUCCAGUGCCAAAGAAGUCCCUUUUCGGUGCUCCUGCUGGCAGUGAAGUGGUUCAAGUUCAAACGAAGAAUGAAACAUUGGCAGAUGUUCUUGAUUCUGUCUUUGCACCUGAACAACUCCCCGUGGAUGUUCAUCGUAAUUGGGAUACAAUUGAUUCGGUGGAUUUGGAAUAUUACAUCCAUUUCCUCAAUCUCGUCGAUGAAUUUCACAAGGAGCAAGCUAGAAAAGGAUUACUGAAUUCCUUAGGAGCAACGGCGCAGGGUAUGAAUGCCCUUGCCAUUUGUGGUACACCAUAUGAGGAGGCUUUCAACAUUAAUCUCCUAAAUGUUGAUCGUCCGGGUGUUGAGGGACCGCAGCAGAAGGAUGUUUUGUGCGCAAUUACAGCUGCUCCCGCACAUGAUGUUUUUGACAUGGAACGUUAUGAGGUGUUGGGUGAUGCCUUCCUCAAGUUCACCACAACGCUGUACCUACUGCAGAAGCACAACCUCUGGCAUGAGGGUUUGCUGACGUCGUGCAAGGGGAAAAUUGUGGGAAAUCGCAAUCUCUUCUAUUGCGGGAAUGAAGCUGGAAUUUCGGGCAUUAUUAAUGCUUCGCCAUUCAGUGUGAGUGAUUUCAUUGUACCCCAUAUGGGGGUACCAAAUGAAGUUGUCACCAUUAUACGUGAAUUGAAGCUCACACCGAAUGCAGUGAUGCGAUUGGAUUGUACUGAAUGGGAGGUGAUCAAUGGACGAUUGAAUUUGGAGCGUGAAAGUGAGAUUCUUGAACAAUUUGCCAAGGAGCAUGGGGAGAUUGCGGAGUCUGUGUAUCCGGUGAAUGUUCACCUUGGAAAGCACUAUGUUUCCGAUAAAACUGUCUCGGAUGCCAUUGAGGGGAUUCUGGGUGUGUGGUGUGCAUCGGUGGGAAUAAAGAAAUCCUUCAAAAUCCUCAAUUACUUCCAAAUCCUUCCGCAUGAUGUUGAUAUGGAGAAUUUGCUGCGAAAUCAAAAGAUCGAACCGAGAUUGUCGCCGAAUGUGACAAAUGGUGACAUUGAUUGUCUCCUGAUAAACUACACGGAAGUACAGAGGAAGCUUCAGUAUGAAUUCCACGAUCGAGCGUAUCUCUUGCAAGCCCUGACGCAUCCUUCCUACCCGACAAAUCGUGCAACAGGAUGCUAUCAGCAGCUUGAAUUCCUCGGUGAUGCUGUCCUCGAUAUGAUUGUUACAUCGUACAUUUUUGAGCAUUGCCAAUCAAUGGAUCCGGGAAAGAUGACGGAUUUACGUUCAGCACUCGUGAAUAACAUCACACUUGCGUGUAUUUGUGUACGCAAUGGGUUCCAUAAGCACAUCCUCAAUCAGAGUCCAGCACUCCAGGAGAAAAUGGCGGAAUUUGCAAAAUACCAAGAGCUAAAUGGGCAUAUGAUUACAGAGCACGUGCUGCUGCUAAAGGAGGAGGAUGAAGGGAUUCUUGCGGAGUCAAUUGAUGUCCCAAAAAUUCUCGGUGAUUGCAUGGAAGCACUCCUUGGGGCAAUUUUUCUCGAUUCCGGCAAUGAUCUUAAGGCAGUUUGGCGUGUUAUUGUACACCUCAUGGGACGAGAAAUAUUGGAUUUCACCCAAAAUGUUCCCAUCAAUGCGGUGCGGAAGCUAUAUGAGACACCCGGUGCUAAUCCACAAUUUAGCGAUGCUGCUGUUGAUCCACAAACAAAAGUAACUUUGGUGAAUGUUCAAUUUGUUUGUUGCAACAAAUUCGUCGAAGUUUCCGGAUUUGGGUCAAAUAAACUCAAUGCAAAGCGUGCCGGAGCUAAGGCAGCUCUGCAAUAUUUGGCUGCGAAUAAGAAGUAAGUGCCUGGCAUUUUUUGUAUAUUGUUUCGUGGACCAUUUUAUGGAGUAUUUUAUGGAAUCUGCAUCAUUUUGUUGUAUUAAUUGUAUGAAUUCCUUCAAAUAUGUUCUCAUCAAGCAUUAAACAUAAUUAAUUUCAAAGAGAAUUUUUUAAUAAUUAUUUUAUUCAUUUUGUAAAAAUCCUUAUUAAUUUUCUUCAUAAAUCAAAUUCUCAAUAAAUUGUAGAGAAUAUAGAAAUUAUAGCAUCACAAAAUAUACAGGCAAUAAAAAAGAAUAUUAUUUCAUUACA